UUGGAAGAAUCAAUGGCGAUCAUUGGUUUUUGUAUUUGACGUCACCACAAGAUGACAUCAUCUCCGAGAGUGAUUCAUCACAAUUACGUCAUCGUGCGGCCUCUUCAAGCACAGAUUGUUCCUUAGACGUUAAUAUGGGAGAUCAAUGUGCAACUAACGAUUUAGACGAUCAGACAGUCGAAGUAUUAAUGACUGAACUAAGUCCAAAAAUGAUGAAGAAAUUUUAUUGUGAAAAUAUGGAUAACGAUUCAGGAACCGAAGGUGGUGCACGAGUAGACAGAGAAACAGGUUUGAAAAAUCUUUAUCCCUCGGCAAAAUUGGACUCUUUUCUAUUCAAACCUUGUGGAUAUUCUGCGAACGGAUUGCUUGAAGAUAGCUAUUUCACUAUCCAUGUUACUCCGGAACUGAAUUGUUCUUAUGCAUCGUUCGAAACCAACAUCCCGUUAGCACAUGGAACCAUUUCUGAGAUCAUUCACCAGCUGAUAGCUAUUUUUGAACCCGGUAAAUUUAUUGUGACCGUUUUUAAAACUCAAGGAUAUAAUGUUGACAAGAAGCAUCUUGUCAAUUCUUUGAGUAAUGUUACAGGUUAUGUUCGUAAAGACAGGAUCCUUUACGAUUUUGAUGGUUAUGAUUUGGUUUUUGGACAUUUUGAAAAACGGAAUAAAUGA